AUGGCCUCAAAUUCAAGAUCAUUCGUGUUAGCUUCCCGAGCAUCCAAACUCGCACAGAUCCAAACGAACAUAGUCAGAGAUGGCCUCGAGGCUGCAUUUCCGGCCCUUUCAUUUGGCACGUCAUUUAUGUCGACCGAGGGCGACAAGAACCAAUCCCAAGCCUUAUAUCUACUCGGAGGGAAGGCGCUAUGGACAAAAGAACUCGAGGUUGUGUUGAAAGAGAAUGUGGUUGAUAUGCUGGUGCAUAGUUUGAAGGAUGUGCCCACGACCCUACCGCACGGCUGCGAACUUGGAGCGAUAUUGGAGAGAGAGAACCCUGUUGAUAGUCUUGUGGUGAAGCAGGGCUUGCCUUACAAGACUUUGGAAGAUCUGCCGGAAGGGAGUGUCGUGGGUACGAGCAGUGUUCGGAGAGUUGCGCAGUUGCGGAGGUCUUUCCCUGGCUUGGUGUUCCUAGACGUCCGAGGAAAUUUAAACACCCGUCUUGCGAAGCUCGAUGCCCCCGAUGGUCCUUAUACGGCGCUCAUACUGGCUAAAGCCGGUCUCGUACGGCUAGGGAUGGGAGAUCGUGUCACGACGGAUCUCACUGCACCAAUCCUAUUCCACGCUGUCUCUCAAGGCGCUUUAGGAGUCGAGAUCCGCGCAGACGAUCAGGAAGCACGGGAAUUGUGCAAAAUGCUAACCCACCAGGAAACACAGUGGAAGUGCCUCGCAGAGAGGGCAUUACUGAGAGAACUGGAAGGUGGAUGUAGCGUUCCUGUUGGCGUCUCUACGUCGCUAUCGCAGAUUGAUAAAAGCGCUGGGGAAUUGACGCGCGCAACCCUCACGAUAACGGGUUGCGUCACAUCACUUGAUGGUUCUUUGCACGUCCAAGAUACCCUUUCGCAGGAAGUUGAGAGCAUACAGGGUGCGGAGGAGCUGGGUAGAAAUCUUGCGAUAAAAUUGAUGUCGAACGGUGCCAAGGCAAUAUUGGACGACAUCACCCAAGAUAGACGGAAGAAGGCUAGUGAAGCAGAGACAGCAGAAUAG